AUGUCUCGUGCUGCUACGCUCGCUGCCGCUGCCGCGGUGGCCGUCGUCCUCAUCUGCUUCUCCUCAACGGCUACCGCGGCGGACGGCAACGGCAACGCGAGGCGGCCGCCGCUGGCCCCGGGCCUGUCCUUCGACUUCUACAAGCGGACCUGCCCCAAGGCGGAGUCCAUCGUGCGGAGCUUCGUGCAGGACGCCGUGCGCAGGGACGUCGGUCUCGCCGCCGGCCUCCUGCGCCUCCACUUCCACGACUGCUUCGUCCAGGGCUGCGACGCCUCCGUGCUCCUGGACGGCUCCGCCACCGGGCCGGGCGAGCAGCAGGCGCCGCCCAACCUCACGCUGCGCCCCACCGCGUUCAAGGCCAUCAACGACCUCCACGACCGCCUCCAGAAGGAGUGCGGUGGCGCCGUCGUCUCCUGCUCCGACGUCCUCGCUCGCCGCCCGGGACUCCGUCGUCGUGGUAAGUCAACUACAUACGCGUGCAUGCAUGCACAAAAUUUUCUUUUUGUUAACCACCCCACCACAUGCCUGCAUGUAUCCAUGCAGUCCGGCGGGCCCACCUACAAGGUGCCCCUGGGUCGUCGCGAUAGCGCGAGCUUCGCGACGCAGCAGGACGUCCUGAGCGGGCUGCCGCCGCCGACGGCCGAGGUGCCGGCGCUGCUGGCCGUGCUGUCCAAGAUCAACCUGGACGCGACCGACCUGGUGGCGCUGUCAGGCGGCCACACCAUCGGGCUCGGCCACUGCACGUCCUUCGAGGACCGGCUGUUCCCGCGCCCGGACCCGACGCUGAACGCCAUCUUCGCCGGCCACCUGCUUCGGACCUGCCCGGCCAAGGGCACCGACCGGCGGAGGGUGCUGGACGUGCGCACGCCCGACGCGUUCGACAACAAGUACUACGUGAACCUGGUAAACCGGGAGGGGCUCUUCACCUCGGACCAGGACCUCUUCAGCAACCCCGGUACCAGGCCCCUCGUGGAGAAGUUCGCGCGCAGCCAGAGGGACUUCUUCGACCAGUUCGCCUUCUCCGUGGUGAAGAUGGGGCAGAUCAAGGUGCUCACGGGGGCGCAGGGGCAGAUCCGCAGGAACUGCUCCGCCCGCAACGCCGGCACCGGCGUGAUGCUGCCGUGGUCCAUCAUCGAGGAGGCAGAGAGCCUCGUGUUCUAG